AUGGCUGGCAUGAUGCCCCCUGUGAAGAUAAAAUGGCUGGAGCACCUGAACAGCUCCUGGAUAACAGAAGAUAGUGAAUCGAUUGCUACACGGGAGGGUGUCUCUGUCCUAUAUGCCAAGCUUGUCAGCAACAAAGAGGUGGUCCCAUUGCCACAGCAGGUCUUGUGCCUCAAGGGACCACAAUUGCCAGAUUUUGAGAGGGAAUCUUUGUCAUGUGAUGAACAGGAUCAUUACCUUGAUGCUUUACUCAGCAGCCAGCUGGCUCUGGCGAAGGUGGUAUGUUCUGACUCUCCAUUUGCUGGUGCUUUGAGAAAGAGAUUGCUAGUUCUUCAGAGGGUUUUCUAUGCUCUUUCCAAUAAGUAUCAUGACAAAGGCAAAGUUAAACAACAGCAGCACUCGCCUGAGAAUAGCUCAGGCUCUGCGGACACACUGUCUGUUAGUGAACGACCACGGUCCAGUACUGAUGCCCUUAUUGAAAUGGGGGUCAGGACUGGUCUUAGUCUUCUCUUUGCCUUGCUGAGACAGAGUUGGAUGCUGCCGACUGCUGGACCUGGUCUGAGCCUGUGUAAUGAUGUCAUACGAACAGCCAUUGAUGUGGUAAACUCGUUGCCCCCUCUUUCCCUUGCUAAUGAGAGCAAAAUACCCCCCAUGGGACUGGAUUGUCUGGCACAGGUCACUACCUUCCUGAAGGGCGUUACAGUUCCCAAUUCUGGUGCAGAUACACUAGGAAGGCGUUUGGCCUCAGAACUCCUCUUGGGCCUUGCCUCUCAGCGUGGCUCUCUCCGCUACCUCUUGGAGUGGAUUGAAAUGGCUUUGGCAGCUUCUGCUCUGGUUAAUGAAACUGACAAGAACAAGAUGCUGACAGCACAGGAAGGCAUGAUCAGCUGUGACUGCUUCAUUAGUAUCCUUCAACAGAUGAGGAGGUCUUUGGGUUCAUCAGCUGAUCGGAGCCAAUGGAGGGAACCCACUAGGACAUCUGAUGGCCUGUGCUCUCUCUAUGAGGCUGCACUGUGUCUCUUUGAGGAGGUAUGCCAGAUGGCUUCUGAUUAUUCCAGAACCUGCGCCAGUCCAGACAGUAUCCAGACUGGAGAGAGUCCAGUUGUAUCAGAGACAUGUGAGGUAUACGUAUGGGGGAGUAACAGCAGCCACCAACUAGUGGAGGGGACCCAAGAAAAAAUCCUGCAGCCAAAGCUGGCCCCUUGCUUUUCAGAUGCACAGACAAUCGAAGCUGGACAGUACUGCACUUUUGUUAUAUCUACGGAUGGCUCUGUAAGAGCAUGCGGGAAAGGCAGCUAUGGGCGGUUGGGUCUCGGAGACUCAAACAACCAGUCUACUCUGAAGAAACUAACCUUUGAGCCUCACCGUUCCAUCAAAAAAGUUUCUUCUUCCAAAGGAUCUGAUGGGCACACCCUGGCUUUCACCACAGAAGGAGAAGUUUUCAGCUGGGGAGAUGGCGACUAUGGCAAACUGGGCCAUGGAAAUAGCUCCACCCAAAAAUAUCCAAAAUUAAUUCAGGGGACACUACAAGGAAAGGUUGUGGUGUGUGUCUCAGCUGGUUACAGACACAGUGCUGCUGUCACAGAAGAUGGAGAGCUCUACACAUGGGGAGAGGGAGAUUUUGGGCGAUUAGGCCAUGGAGACAGUAAUAGCAGAAACAUCCCUACCCUGGUGAAGGAUAUCAGUAAUGUGGGUGAGGUGUCAUGUGGGAGCUCUCAUACUAUUGCUUUGUCUAAAGAUGGACGGACUGUGUGGUCUUUUGGUGGAGGAGAUAACGGAAAGUUGGGCCACGGAGACACUAACAGGGUAUAUAAACCAAAGGUGGUGGAAGCACUACAGGGGAUGUUCACCCGGAAGGUGUGUGCGGGGAGUCAGUCCUCUCUGGCUUUGACAUCUACUGGACAGGUCUAUGCUUGGGGCUGUGGAGCCUGUCUGGGAUGUGGAUCUUCAGAAGCAACUGCCUUGCGCCCCAAGCUAAUUGAAGAGCUGGCUGCCACCAGAAUAGUGGACAUUUCAAUCGGAGACAGCCAUUGUCUUGCACUAUCACAUGACAAUGAGGUUUACGCAUGGGGAAAUAACUCCAUGGGACAGUGUGGCCAAGGCAAUUCAACCGGUCCUAUCACUAAACCAAAAAAAGUCAGUGGACUGGAUGGUGUGGCUAUUCAGCAGAUUUCAGCGGGCACCUCGCACAGCCUAGCAUGGACUGCUCUGCCCAGAGACAGACAAGUGGUGGCGUGGCAUCGUCCCUACUGUGUGGAUCUAGAAGAAAGCACCUUUUUCCAUUUACGAUCCUUCCUGGAACGAUACUGUGAAAAAAUUAAUAGUGAUGUCCCCCCUCCUCCCUUCCCAUCAUCCAGAGAACAUCAUAACUUCCUAAAGUUGUGCCUAAAGAUGCUGUCCAACCAUCUAGCCCUGGCUUUAGCAGGAGGCGUUGCUACCAGCAUCUUAGGACGCCAAGCUGGUCCUCUGCGAAAUUUGCUUUUUCGCCUAAUGGAUGCAAGUGUGCCAGAUGAGAUUCAAGAGGUUGUAAUUGAGACUCUGUCAGUGGGAGCUACCAUGUUGCUGCCUCCGUUGCGGGAAAGAAUGGAGUUAUUGCAUUCUCUCUUACCCCAAGGCCCUGAUAGAUGGGAAAGCCUUUCCAAGGGCCAGAGGAUGCAGCUGGACAUCAUUCUGACGAGCCUGCAGGAUCACACACAUGUGGCAUCCUUACUGGGAUACAGCUCUCCUUCUGACUCCUCAGACAGCUCCUCUCUGCCUCUUUCCUAUUGCUCCAGUUCUGACCCCAACUCUCAGAGCAGCCAUCCAGACACUCACCUGGCAGAGAUCCUGAUGAAGACACUUCUGAGAAACCUGGGCUUCUACACGGAUCAAGCUUUUGGAGAAUUAGAGAAGAACAGUGAUAAAUUUAUUGUAGGAUCAUCGUCCGCAGAGAACAGCCAACCGGCUCAUCUUCAUGAGCUGCUGUGCUCCUUGCAGAAACAGUUGCUGGCAUAUUGCCACACAAACAAUAUAAGCGAGAACUCCAGCAGUGUGGCGUUGCUUCACAAACACCUCCAGCUACUUCUGCCCCAUGCCACAGACAUCUACUCACGCUCUGUUACCCUGCUGAGGGAAAGUCCAUGCAAUGGGAGUGUGGGAGAGAAACUGCGUGAUGUGAUCUAUGUGUCUGCAGCAGGCAGUAUGCUUUGUCAGCUCAUAAAUGCCUUGCUGUUAUUGCCAGUGUCUGUGUCCAGACCUCUUCUCAGUUAUCUACUAGACCUGCUUCCACCACUGGAUCGUCUCAAUAGACUAUUACCUGCAGCUGCUCUUUUGGAAGAUCAGGAAUUACAGUGGCCUCUUCAUGGAGGACCAGAACAAGUGGACCCUGCAGGAGUAUUGUUGCCUGCUCCAGCUCAGUCUUGGGUCUGGCUCGUGGAUUUGGAACGAACUGUUACUCUGUUGAUUGGGUGCUGUUUGGGAGGCAUGCUGCAAGGAUCGCCCACAUCACCAGAGGAACAAGACACUGCUUACUGGUUAAAGACUCCUUUAUUUGGGAAUGGCAUUGAGAUGGAUGUUCCUCAGCUGGAUAAGUGCAUGAGUGCUCUGCUUGAAGUGUCUCUGUCUGGAAAUGAGGAGCAGAAGACCUUUGAUUAUAAGCUAAGGCCAGAUGUUUCAGUUUUGGUGGAUCUGGCAGUUGGCUCUACUAAGGAGCCAGCACGAAGCCUGUGGAUUAGUAUGCAGGAUUAUGCUCUUAGUAAAGACUGGGACAGCGCCUCUGUUAGUAAUGAAUCCCUACUGGACACGGUAUCACGCUUUGUUCUGGCGGCACUGCUGAAACAUACAGAUCUUUUGUCCCAAGCCUGCGGAGAGAGCAGAUACCAGCCAGGGAAAUCGCUAGCUGAGGUGUUCCGCUCCGUGUACAAGGUCAGAAGUCGAUUACUUGCUUGCAAGAAUAUGGAACUCAUCCAAACUCGCUCCUCAUCCAGAGAGAGAUGGGUUUCUGAGAACCAAGAGUCAGCAGAUCUAGGCUCCCAGGAAAACUCUUUUACAAGAACAAUAGAUGAAGAAGCUGAGAUGGAGGAGCAAGCAGAGAGGGAGAGAGAAGAGGGACACCCUGAACAGGAGGAGGAAGAUGAGGACCGUGAACAUGAACUACUUACUGCUGGCAAAAUAUUUCAAUGUUUCCUAUCAGCCCGUGAGGUGGCGCGCAGCCGGGAACGAGACAGAAUUAGCCUGGGCUCAGCCGGGGGCUCUGGCACAAGUACUAGAGCGGAGGAGCAUUCCCCACAACUGGUGCAGGCAAGGAGAGACAGUGGACAUCUCACAGAAGGACAAGACCUAUAUACUGCAGCUUGUAACUCUGUCAUCCACCGCUGUGCUCUUCUCCUUCUUGGGGUAAGCCCUGUAAUAGAACAUCUGGAGACCCCAGCAGAGGAACUUCAGCAGCAAGUUUCAUCAGCAGUCUCCCAUGAGGCUGCUGCAGCUAUGACAAGAAGUGAAAGUCUUACAGCAGAAAGGAGGUCGGUCAAUUCACAUCCCAAUUACAGACUUAUUAAGUCCAGGAGUGAGUCUGAUCUUUCCCAACCUGAAUCUGAUGAAGAGGGGUAUGCCCUGAGUGGAAGACAGAACACAGACUCAGACCUUGCAUCUCACCGGAAAAGAGGUGAGCUGUCCCCAUCGGAACCCCCAGUCAGUGAUUCCUGGGCCCGCCUAAAGCACAGUCGGGAUUGGUUGUGUGGUUCCACUUGUGCCUUUGAUCCAGAUUCAGAAAGCAGCAAAACACUUGGUGUACACACGCUGAUAGACAAUGUACUGAGCUUCGUAAGUGGGGAUGUAGGUAAUGCUCCUGGCUUUAAAGAGCCUGAAGAAGGCAUGUCUAGCUCUCCCCAGGCCUGUAUCAUUGCAAUGGAACAACAACAGCAACGUGCUGAGCUGCGUUUGGAAGCUUUGCACCAAAUCCUUGUCCUGUUGUCUGGGAUGGAGGAGAAGGGAAAUGCUCAAACACUAGGCAGCCGCCAGUCAUCUGCCACUUUUCAGUCCUCCUCCCUCCUCACUUCUGUUAGAUUGCAGUUUCUUGCUGGAUGCUUUGGGCUGGGUACAGUGGGUCAUACAGGCUCCAAAGGUGAAUGUGUCCAUCUGCAUCACUAUCAGGAUGGAAUACGUGCAUCAAAGAGAAAUAUUCAGACUGAGAUCCAAAAAGCAGUGCACAAAAUCUACCAACAGCUGUCUGCUACCCUAGACCGUGCUCUGCAAGCCAACAAGCACCAUGUGGAGGCACAGCAGCGUCUACUAUUAGUGACGGUCUUUGCCCUCAGCGUACGAUACCAGCCUGUAGAUGUGUCUCUAGCAAUUUCUACAGGUCUACUUAGUGUUCUUUCCCAGUUAUGUGGUACUGAGACUAUGUUGGGACAACCACUUCAGCUGCUACCCAAGUCUGGAGUUUCCCAGUUGAGCACUGCACUAAAAGUAGCCAGCACCCGACUGCUACAGAUCCUUGCAAUUACUACAGGGACAUAUGCGGAUAAGUUAAGCCCUAAAGUAGUCCAGUCAUUGCUUGACUUACUUUGUAGCCAGCUGAAAAACCUUUUGUCUCAGGCUGGGGUUAUGCCAUCCUUUGGAGAAGAGGAAGAAGACAGGAAGGCAGAUCUUAUUGGAGAAAGUGAAAGAAAAGACUACAGAGGUAUGAUUACCAAAAUAACUUCACUUGCUACCCUUAGGAAACAGCGCACAGCUGAGCUUCAUCUUGGAGACUUUUUGGUCUUCCUUCGUAGAGUGGUGUCUUCCAAGGCUAUCCAGUCAAAGAUGGCAUCUCCCAAAUGGACAGAGGUGUUGCUGAAUAUUGCCUCUCAAAAGUGCAGCUCAGGUGUUCCACUUGUAGGGAAUCUCAGGACCAGGCUCCUCGCCCUGCAUGUGCUAGAAGCUGUAUUACCCGCUUGUGAAUCUAGUGUGGAAGAUGACCAAAUGGCACAGGUGGUAGAAAGACUUUUCUCUCUCCUCUCAGACUGUAUGUGGGAAACGCCCAUUGCUCAAGCUAAACAUUUUCAUCAAGAAAAAGAGCAAGAGGCAAAACUUCAGAAGCAGGGUGAGCUUGAGGAGGAGGAGGAAGACCUACCUAUCCAAGAAGUCUCCUUUGAUCCAGAGAAAGCCCAAUGUUGCCUUGUGGAAAAUGGCCAGAUUCUGACUCAUGGGAGUGGUGGCAAAGGUUAUGGCUUGGCAUCAACAGGAGUAACAUCAGGCUGCUAUCAGUGGAAGUUCUACAUUGUGAAAGAAAAUCGUGGUAACGAAGGGACCUGUGUUGGUGUUUCCCGCUGGCCUGUUCAUGACUUCAACCACCGCACCACCUCUGACAUGUGGCUGUACCGGGCAUACAGUGGUAACCUGUAUCAUAAUGGAGAACAGACUCUGACUUUGCCCAGCUUUACCCAGGGAGACUUUAUAACUUGUGUCCUUGACAUGGAGGCUCGGACUGUGUCUUUUGGCAAGAAUGGAGAGGAGCCAAAGUUGGCCUUUGAAGAUGUGGAUGCAGCAGAGUUAUACCCUUGUGUGAUGUUUUACAGUAGCAACCCUGGAGAAAAGGUGAAGAUCUGUGACAUGCAGAUGAGAGGGACUCCCAGAGAUCUGCUGCCUGGUGAUCCCAUCUGUAGUCCUGUAGCCACUGUCUUAGCUGAAUCCAGUGUGCAACUGCUCAGAGUUCUUCAUCGUACUGAGCGCUGGACUCAUUGCAUUAACAAGAAAAUGGUGGAACGCUUACAGAAGAUCAAAGGUUGCCUGAGAGAAGUAGGAGGCAAGCUAAAGAAAAGUCGUUCUGUCCAGAGUCGUGAAGAGCAUGAAACACGAGAUGAGAAAGAAGAAGAGAAAGGGAAACACGGCAGACAUGGACUGGCUGAGCUGGGGGAAACACAACUCAAGACCCUUUGUGUGGAAGUAUGGCCUGUUCUGGCUGUCAUUGGAGGUGUCGACACGGGACUUAGAGUGGGUGGCAGAUGUGUUCAUAAACAGACAGGUCGACAUGCCACUCUUCUCGGUGUUGUGAAGGAAGGCAGUACAUCUGCUAAGGUUCAGUGGGACGAGGCAGAGAUUACCAUCAGCUUCCCAACUUUUUGGUCGCCUAGUGACACACCUCUCUACAAUCUGGAACCUUGUGAUCCCCCACCUUUUGAUGUGGCUCGUUUCCGUGGGCUGACUGCCUCCACCCUACUUGAUCUUACAUACCUAACAGGCAUCCAUGAAGACCCUGGAAAGGUCAGUGCCAAACGACACGAAAAGAAGCACCGCCAUGAAUCAGAAGAGAAAGGAGAACAGGAACAGAAGGGAGAUCCUGAGAACACAGAUCGGACAUCAGAGGAGAAAAUCAGCAGCAAUUUAACGUCAAAAUCAGAAAAUGAGUCGAUUGGUCUUUUGGGAGACAAUGCAACCACUGAUCAGCAGCAUCACCUUAUUGAUGGGAAGCGGAAAAGUCAUGACCACAUACCAAGGAGCCAUGAUAUUGCCCAAUCUGAAAUCAGGGCUGUUCAACUGUCCUACAUAAACUUGGGAGCCAUGAAAUCUCUUGGAGUGCUGCUUAGCUGCAGUAAAUAUGCAGAACUUUUACUUAUCCCCAAAGUGUUGGCUGAAAAUGGUCACAAUUCAGACUGUGCCAGUUCUCCUGUGGUACAUGAGGAUGUUGAAAUGAGAGCCGCCCUGCAAUUUCUGAUGCGUCAUAUGGUGAAGAGGGCGGUUAUGCGUUCACCUAUAAAGAGAGCCCUGGGGCUGGCUGAUCUUGAGAGAGCACAAGCCAUGAUUUACAAGUUGGUGGUUCAUGGGCUUCUGGAAGAGCAGUUUGGUAGCAGGAUAAGACCAGAUUUAGAUCAGCAGGCAGAGGAAAGUGACCAAGUCCAGCAAGCCCAGACUCCAGUCACCACUAGCCCAUCUGCUUCCAGCACCACAUCCUUUAUGAGCAGUUCCUUGGAGGACACCACCACUGCCACCACACCUGUGACGGACACUGAGACUGUGCCAGCAUCUGAAUCCCCAGGAGUCAUGCCGCUUAGUUUGCUAAGGCAAAUGUUUUCAAGCUACCCUACUACUACAGUUCUGCCCACCCGUCGUGCACAGACUCCACCAAUCACAUCGCUCCCCACAUCACCCACAGAUGAAGUAGGAAGAAGACAGAGUCUUACAUCUCCAGACUCUCAGCCAUCAAGGCACACCAACCGUACAGCUUCGUCGGACCCCAGCAGCCGCCUAUCCACAUCCCCUCCCCCUCCUGCUGUCGUUGUGCCUCUUCUAGAAAUGGGAUUCUCCAUCAGACAGAUCAAAAAAGCCAUGGAAGCUACUGGUGCAAGAGAGGCUGACCCUCAGAACAUCACUGUACUGGCUAUGUGGAUGAUAGAACAUCCAGAUGAUGAAGAGAGAUAUUCAGGGAGGCCCAAUGAGCAGUGCCAGGGUGGUGAUGUUUCAGGAGCUGGGGGUAAAUCCAAUGAUGUGGUUUUCACAGGAGACAUUUCCUCCACUGACACCCCAGAAUUGGAAGAGUGCUUUUGUGAGAGCCCAGACAGCAUGGAACAGGCAGAAAAUGCAGGAGCUAGCAGUGGAAAUCAAACUAGAGGGAGGUCUACAGUUACCAAAAGACAGAAGUUUGAUCUGGCAGCAAGGACACUGUUGGCAAGGGCAGCUGGUUUGUACCGCACUGUCCAAGCUCAUCGCAACCAAGGUCGGAGAGAUGGUGUGUCCCUGCAGCAGGAGCCCGGAGCCUUGUAUGAUCUAAAUCUGGAUGAGGAGCUAGAGAUCGACCUUGAUGAUGAAGCCAUGGAGGCAAUGUUCGGACAGGAGCUAGCUAGCGAUAAUGAUAUUCUGGGAAUGUGGAUCCCAGAGGUACUGGACUGGCCAACAUGGCAUGUUUGUGAAACAGAUGAACGAGAAGAGAUAGUUAUCUGUGAACUAUGUGAAGCAAGUGUGCUCAGUUUCAAUCAACACAUGAAGAGGUACCACCCAGGCUGUGGACAUAGCGCCAACCGCCAGGGGUACCGUAGCAAUGGCUCAUAUGUUGAUGGCUGGUUUGGUGGGGAGUGUGGCAGCGGGAAUCCAUAUUACCUGUUGUGUGGCAGCUGCCGGGAGAAGUACCUAAGUCUGAAGAGCAAGCGCAAGGCAACUACUUCAGAAAAGUACAAAGGACAUGCUCCCGAUUUGAUUGGCAAGCAAGACAGCGUGUAUGAAGAAGACUGGGACAUGUUGGAUGUAGACGAAGAUGAGAAACUCACUGGAGAAGAAGAAUUUGAACUACUAGCUGGACCCCUUGGCCUCAAUGACCGUAGGAUUGUACCUGAACCAGUGCAGUUUCCAGACAGUGAUCCACUGGGGGCUUCUGUAGCCAUGGUAACAGCCACCAACAGCAUGGAGGAAACACUAAUGCAAAUAGGCUGCCAAGGAGCUUUGGAGAAGAGCUCAUCAGGCCGGAUAACACUAGGAGAGCAGGCAGCAGCUCUUGUAAACCCACAUGAUCGUGUGAUGGCAUUACGAAGGGUAAUAGCUGCUGCCCAAGUCCUCCUGGCACGUACCAUGGUGAUGCGUGCCCUUUCACUGCUGUCUGUUAGUGGGUCCAGUUGCAGUCUUGCCGCAGGCCUGGAGUCUCUUGGCCUGACUGACAUUCGCACUUUGGUACGCCUCAUGUGCCUAGCUGCUGCAGGUAGAGCUGGCCUUUCCACCAGUCCAUCAAACACUUUGGCUAGUUCUGCUGAUCGCUCUCGUGGUCUCCACACCAAAACCAGCAAACCCAUCUCUUGCCUAGCAUACCUGAGUACCGCUGUUGGCUGCUUGGCAUCCAGCACUCCUAGUGCAGCUCGACUCCUUGUUCAACUUUGUACGCAGAAUUUGAUAUCCGCAGCAACUGGUGUGAAUUUAACAACAGUGGAUGACCCAGUGCAAAGGAAAUUCUUACCUAGUUUUUUGCGUGGAAUUGCGGAAGAAAAUAAACUUGUUACUUCACCCAAUUUUGUGGUGACACAAGCACUGGUUGCACUGCUUGCAGACAAAGGAGCUAAACUGCGACCCAAUUACGACAAAGCAGAAAUGGAGAAAAGAGGUCCUUUGGAGCUGGCCAAUGCUCUGGCCGCUUGCUGCCUUUCUUCCCGGCUGUCCUCCCAACAUCGCCAAUGGGCUGCUCAGCAGUUAGUACGUACGCUAGCUGCUCAUGAUAGGGACAAUCAGACUGCACCACAGACUCUUGCAGAUAUGGCUGGAGACUUGCGGAAAUGUUCUUUCACCAAACUGGAGGCUCAUCAGAACAGGGUGAUCACCUCUGUGUGGAGCACUAAGAAACUGUUAUUGGCCACUAGUGGAAGUGAUGGGACCGUCAGAGUGUGGAAUGUGUCUAGAAACCAGUAUUCCCUCCAGCAGACAUGCGUGUUCCAGAAACCAGAGGGAACCCCAGAUGAACCUGACCCAUCCUUGUCUCCUGUGUGUUGGAGUGUUAGUGGGCGUUAUCUGGCCGGAGCCCUGGAAAAGACGAUCAACAUCUGGCAAGUCAAUGGUGGAAAAGGACUUGUGGACAUUCAGCCUCACUGGGUCUCCUGCAUUGUGUGGCCUGAGCAGAGUCCUGCAGAGGGAUGGGCUAGUGACCAGCCAGAGUCUUUGUUGGUGGGUCGUGUGGAUGGAUCUUUGGGCCUAAUUGAAGUGACAGAUGCCAUCAGCAUGCGCCGUGUGGAACUGGAGCACUGUUACAGAAAAGAAGUGGCUGUUACCUGCAUUACUUGGUUUAGUGAAGACCGUCCCUUUGCUGUUGGUUUUGCUGAUGGAAAGUUACUAAUUGGACACAAAGAGCCAGAAGAGAAAGGAGGGAUGGUUCUCAUUGACGCACACAAGGAGAUGUUUGUAAGUGUAAAGUGGGAUCCAGCAGGUGAACUGCUACUUACCUGUGCCAAAGAGGACGCUGUUAAGAUAUGGGGAAACACAGGUGGCAGCUGGAAAACCCUCUACAGCCUCCCACACCCAUCAUAUGUCAACACAGUAGCCUGGUGUGCUUUGCCUGGGAAAGCUGACAGCCCACAGCUCAUGCUUGGAACGGGUUGUCAGAAUGGUUUGGUGUGUGUAUGGACAGUUCCACAAGCCUCUCUAGAAACAGUUCAGUCCAAAUCAACAUCACAAGAAGGAUGGAGGGAACACUCAUCUUGCAAGGAGUUUAAGAAACCAGAGGAUGCCCGAUGUGUGUAUAAGUUACGGGGGCACAUAACACCUGUACGAACAGUAGCUUUCAGCCCUGAUGGUCUAGCUCUUGUGUCUGGUGGACUUGGUGGUUUAAUGAAUAUUUGGUCUUUAAGGGAUGGCUGUGUCUUGCAGUCUGUCGUUACUGGUUCUGGAGCUGUUACUACCACCGUUUGGAUUCCUGAUGUUGGAGUUGCUGCUUGUUCAAACCGCUCAAAGGAUGUUCUAGUGGUGAACUGCACCCCCGAGUGGAUAUCCUCCAAUCACGUCUUGGCAACUUGCAGGACUGCACUAAAGCAACAAGGCAUAGUGGGCCUUAACAUGGCACCUUGCAUGCAGACAUUCCUAGAGCGCCUUCCUGUCAUGCUCCAGGAGCAAUAUGCAUAUGAAAAGCCCUAUGUUGUGUGUGGAGAUCAGUUAGUACACAGCCCAUAUAUGCAGUGCCUUGCAUCACUGGCUGUGGGACUAAACCUUGAGCAGCUUCUGUGCAAUCCACCCAUCCCUCCUCACCAUCGCUUAGCUCCACCAGAACCUUCUUCCUGGAACCAUGCUGAGUGGGCCUGGCUAGAGUGUUUCUCUACUACCAUCAAAGCUGCAGAGGCCUUGGGUAGAGGUGCCCUUUUCCCAGCAUCCUUCAGUGUUCCUGACCUGGAGCCAGUCCCUGAGGAAGAGCUAAGACUUUUAAUGGAUAACAGCAAAUGGAUGAAUGGGACAGAUGAACAAAUUAUGGCCUGGGCCACCUCCAGACCAGAGGACUGGCAUCUGGGAGGCAAAUGUGAUGUGUACCUGUGGGGAGCUGGGCGCCAUGGACAACUGGCAGAAGCUGGCAGGAAUGUGAUGAUUCCAUCAGCAGCCACAUCCUUCUCCCAGGCACAGCAGGUAAUCUGCGGCCAAAAUUGUACCUUCGUUAUUCAAGCUAAUGGUACUGUUCUUGCCUGUGGAGAGGGGAGCUACGGUCGCCUUGGGCAAGGCAAUUCAGAUGACCUUCAUGUACUGACUGUCAUCUCCGCAUUGCAGGGAUUUGUGGUGACACAGCUUGUGACGUCUUGUGGCUCAGAUGGACACUCCAUGGCACUGACGGAGAGUGGAGAGGUGUUCAGCUGGGGAGAUGGAGAUUAUGGCAAAUUGGGACAUGGAAAUAGUGACCGUCAGCGGCGACCCAGACAGAUUGAGGCAUUACAAGGAGAAGAAGUGGUGCAGAUGUCUUGUGGCUUCAAACACUCUGCAGUAGUGACAGCUGAUGGAAAGCUUUUUACUUUUGGCAAUGGAGAUUACGGUCGGCUGGGAUUGGGAAACACAUCCAACAAGAAAUUGCCAGAACGUGUGACAGCGCUCGAAGGAUUUCAUAUUGGUCAGGUGGCCUGUGGAUUAAAUCACACACUAGCUGUGUCUGCUGAUGGUUUAUUAGUUUGGGCUUUUGGAGAUGGAGAUUAUGGAAAACUUGGUUUAGGAAACUCUACUGCCAAAUCUUCUCCACAGAAAGUGGAUAUUCUGUGUGGCGUUGGCAUCAAGAAGGUGGCUUGUGGAACACAGUUCUCAGUUGCAUUGACUAAAGACGGUCAUGUUUAUACCUUUGGACAAGACCGCUUGAUUGGCUUGCCUGAAGGUCGAGCUCGAAAUCACAAUCGUCCUCAGUUGGUUCCUGGCCUUUUGGGCAUUUUCAUUGAGGACAUUGCAGUGGGAGCGGAACACACACUGGCUCUCUCCUCCUCUGGGGGGAAGUGUAUGCAUGGGGGAGUAACUCAGAGGGGCAGCUUGGCCUCGGUCACACUAAUCAUGUACGUGAGCCUACAUUGGUUACAGCCCUACAAGGGAAGAACAUUCGUCAGAUCUCAGCAGGACGGUGCCAUAGUGCAGCAUGGACAGCAACUCCUGUCCCUCCAAGGGCCCCAGGUGUUUCAGUACCAUUACAGUUGGGUCUCCCUGAUGUCAUCCCUCCACAAUAUAGCUCUCUCAAAGAUAUCUGCACCCACACAGUUCGUGCCAGGUUGCGUCUGCUCUACCAUUUUUCUGAUCUCAUGUAUUCAUCCUGGAGACUACUGAACCUCAGCCCCAAUAACCAGAGUAGUACAUCCCACUACAAUGCAGGAACUUGGGGUAUUGUGCAGGGUCAGCUAAGACCAUUGCUGGCUCCAAGAGUCUAUACCCUCCCCAUGGUACGAUCUAUUGGUAAGACGAUGGUUCAAGGAAAAAACUACGGACCUCAGAUUACUGUAAAGAGAAUCUCCACCAGGGGUAGGAAGUGUAAACCCAUAUUUGUGCAGAUUGCCCGCCAGGUAGUGAAGCUGAAUGCAUCUGAUUUGCGUCUCCCCUCCCGGGCUUGGAAAGUGAAGCUUGUAGGCGAGGGAGCAGAUGAUGCAGGAGGGGUGUUUGAUGAUACAAUAACUGAGAUGUGCCAGGAGCUGGAAACAGGAGUGGUUGAUCUCCUCAUUCCUUCACCAAAUGCAACUGCUGAAGUGGGUUAUAACAGAGACAGGUUCUUGUUUAACCCCUCUGCUGGAUUAGAUGAGCACCUUAUGCAGUUCAAGUUUCUGGGUAUCUUAAUGGGUGUAGCUAUCCGCACCAAGAAGCCGCUUGAUUUGCACUUGGCCCCCCUGGUCUGGAAGCAGCUGUGCUGUAUCCCUCUAACACUGGAGGACCUGGAGGAGGUUGAUCUGCUCUAUGUGCAGACUCUCAAUAGCAUUCUUCACAUUGAAGACAGUGGCAUCACAGAAGAGACCUUCCAUGAGAUGAUCCCUCUCGAUUCCUUUGUGGGUCAAAGUGCUGAUGGAAAAAUGGUGCCCAUUAUCCCUGGGGGGAACAGCAUCCCUCUGACCUUCUCCAACCGCAAGGAGUAUGUGGAGAGGGCAAUAGAUUACAGACUGCAUGAGAUGGACCGACAGGUUGCAGCAGUGAGAGAGGGCAUGUCAUGGAUUGUACCAGUUCCCCUGCUCUCUCUCCUCACUGCCAGACAGCUAGAGCAAAUGGUAUGCGGGAUGCCAGAGAUCUCUGUGGAUGUCCUGAAGAAGGUAGUGCGGUACCGAGAAGUGGAUGAACAACAUCAAUUAGUGCAGUGGUUCUGGCAAACUCUGGAUGAGUUCUCCAAUGAGGAGCGGGUCCUAUUCAUGAGAUUUGUUUCUGGAAGAUCCAGGCUUCCAGCCAACACCGCAGACAUCUCACAGCGCUUCCAGAUCAUGAAGGUUGAUCGGCCUCACGACAGUCUGCCUACCUCACAGACUUGCUUUUUCCAACUACGACUCCCUCCAUACUCGAGUCAGCCAGUGAUGGCCGAACGUCUGCGCUAUGCAAUCAACAACUGCCGAUCCAUAGAUAUGGACAAUUACAUGCUGUCACGCAACGUGGACAACGCUGAAGGAUCAGACACUGACUACUAA